CGGUGAGCAAUCUGCUGUGAGCAAUAUAAAAGAGAGUAUCUCGAAAUCGUCUGCGAUACAACUCUCAAGAAGUUAUAACAGUUGUGAUAUCGUAAGAUCGUUAAUUAAGAAAUAUUCGAAGAGAAAUAUUGAGAAGUGUCGAGUAUUCAUUCAUAUCGUAAUCCGUGCGACGUUGCGCGACGAUUGGCCGGCCUGGUGGAAUAAACGUCAGUAAACGCCAGUAAUGUACCGUCAUGGCGACGCUGCCGCCACGGAAAAAUCCGACUCCCACAAAAAUUUCGAAACAGCACUUGACACCUCUGCAAACACUCUUGCAGCUGGGUUUUCCGAAACACCGAGCGGAGAAAGCACUGGCUGCAACAGGACAUCGUGGUGUACAGUUAGCAUCAGACUGGCUGCUAGCUCAUGUGCGUGAUCCAACCUUAGAUUCUGAUACACAACGACAGUAUGUGCUAUAUGCUUGCCCUACUGGACCAUUGGCCACACAGCUUGAGCUGUUUUGGUCAGAGAGCAGAGACCUAGGAUGGAACGGUGCUCUCAACUUUAUACCACACAUUACUCUUGUUUCAUUCUUUAAUGCUCCUGAUGAGUUCACUGAGGAAUUAGCAAAUGCUCUCGAGGAUGUGGGAUAUCAAGAUAGAUUACAGCAUAUUGAGUUAGAGACAUACGUGUCUCCUAAUUUCAUGGGUCUCUUUGUGAAGGAUGUCAAUGCAGAACAGCUGAAGAACAUUUCCGUUCGCUACGUUAAUAAACUUGCUUCUCUAGGUAUCAAUGCCGAAUACCAAAUAACGUCUCUGCACCUCACGCUGGCUUACCAGUUUCCCAGCAACUUAUUUCAUUCCCUCCGCUUAGCGGUAGAAAAAUUAGGACCAAACACACCAGCCAACUGGGAGCUCAGAUUAUACUCGAGAGACUCGAGACUGCAGAAUCUACACGUGCACAAAGUGACGCACGCCCACGUUCCCCAGGAACACGACGAAUUAGAAUUAAGAGUAGGAGAUUACAUUUACGUUCCAGAAGGUGCGUGUAAUGCGUCCACGGACGGUUGGGUGGAGGGUAUCUCCUGGUUGACCGGCACGUCGGGCCAUUUGCCGUUGAAUCAUACGAAGAGAACCGCGGAGUCGGACUCGUGGACGCUGCACACCACCGUAAUGAUCACCAACAAUAAACGAUGCGAGAGCGCCGAGGAAGAGGAAUUACCGAGGAUCAGGAGACCGCCGGUUCUGUCUCCGAGUGAGUCAGUAGAUAUCACCGACGGCAUCCCCGCAGCCGAGCAACCGAUGGUAGCGUCGGAGGUACCUCUGACCUCGUCGAGGGAGAUUUUUAUAUGUCGACACGGCGAGAGAGUGGACUUUACUUUCGGUUCGUGGAUCCCAUAUUGUUUCGAGUCAAACGGCUGCUACGUGCGUCGCGACUUGAACAUGCCUAAGGAGAUACCAUCUAGGAAUAUUCAGGACUUUCAGAACGACUGUCCCUUGACCACCGUGGGCGAGAUGCAAGCGAGUUUGGUAGGCGAGGCUAUGAAGUCCUCCAGUAUUAAAAUAGACGUAGCCUUCGCGUCACCGUCGUUGCGUUGCGUCCAAACACUCGCCCACAUUCUAAAGGGUCUGGAGUCCGAUGUUCCCAUCAAGGUGGAGCCAGGCUUCAUAGAAUGGCUGGCGUGGUAUCCGAACGGCAUACCUGUUUGGAUGACCUCCGAAGAACUGAUCAAAGCGGGUUUCAAUGUGGACGCCGAUUACGAGCCGAUCGUGAAAGCUAAGGAGCUCCCGCUGAAAGAGAAUGCUGCGCAGUAUUACGAGCGAAGUUACGACUUGAUUAAGAAGAUUAUAGAAUGUACGGAUGGUAAUAUUUUAAUAGUAGCACACGCCGCUUCUCUGGCGGCCUGCACCAGACAAUUGACCGGUGGUAGAAUACCCCCGGCGGCUGAAGUCUCUAGAUUAGUUCAGAGGGUACCUUAUCUUGCGUGCUUAACUGCGCGUCAAAGUCUUGAUGGCUGGCAGCUACACCCUCCUCCUUUCCCACCAAUCACCCACACCAGUAACAGCCGAUUCGAUUGGAAAGUCCUCACGUCAUGAACGUUAUGUGUUACGAGCUUCAAGUCUUUCUUUUUGAGAAAAGAGAUUUUACUUUACAAAGUCUAUAUUUAUGAAAAGACUGUUAUAACGCGAUGAAUUUUUACGCAGGGCUUUAUUCGAUGUCAGUGACAUUGAAAACUACAGUAUUCAACGAAUUAAACAAAGAGAAAGGAAACAAGAUUUUCUGGAAGAUUAUACUUGACAUACGAAUUAUGAUAAUAGCUAGUCGAUCGACUAAGACAACGUUUACUUCCUCAGAGAGUGAUCGAUACGGGUAUUCAGAGGUAUAGUUCAGAAAUUAUCAUUUAAUUGUACAUAGAACAAAUACUAGCCAAAAUGUUAUCAUUGGUACAUUAUAUAUAUAUGCAUACACAUACACACAUAUAUAAUGUACUAAUCAACUAAAUGUUUAAUAUAUAGACAAUGUACUAGUCUUAAUUGGCGACGUUCUCUUGCCGAAUUAUCGAGCAGGUACUAAAAAAAGAAUUAAAAAGUAUUUAAUACUUUUUAAUGUACUAUUUUCUGAUUAAUAUUCAUAUAUUUCUCGUAUUUCUCUUUGACACAUAUAUGUAUAUAUAUAUAUAU